AUGUCUACUCCCAAGGAUUUGGUGCUCGUCACUGGUGGAACUGGAUUCAUCGCGGGCUACUGCAUCAUUAAAUGCCUCGCAGCCGGCUACCGAGUCAGAACAACCGUCCGCUCCCUCAAACGCGAAGAGGAAGUACGAGCAACACUCUGUGCGGGAAACGCAGUCAACCUCGAGGAGCUGUCAUUCGUGGAAGCCGACCUCACUAAAGACGAUGGCUGGGCUGAAGCCGUUCGUGAUUGCCGUUACGUCCUCCACGUCGCGUCGCCAUUCCCCACUGCGACACCCGAGAAUGAGAAUGAAUUGAUAGAGCCCGCCCGCGAUGGUACCUUACGCGUGCUGCGCGCAGCCCGAGACGAAGGGGUCUACCGCAUCAUCCUCACAUCCUCAUUCGGAGCCAUCCAUGCAGGUCCAACAAAGGCAGACACAAAUAAGGUCUUCACCGAGGAAGACUGGACUGAUAUUGACUCGCCUGAAGUUAGUGCCUACGAGAAGAGCAAGACGCUGGCCGAGACACUUGCGUGGGCGUUUGUUCGGUGCGAGGCAAAUGGCCUUCAAUUAUCCGUUAUCAACCCGGUUAUGGUGAUGGGACCUGUUCUCAGCCCUAACAUAUCCACGUCGAUCGAAGUCAUCAGUCGUCUGAUGAAUGGAACAGUUCCGGGCUGCCCAAAUUUAGAAUUUGGCGUUGUGGAUGUUCGCGAUGUUGCUGACCUGCAUCUUCUCGCAAUGGAGCAUCCCAAGGCCAAGGGGGAACGCUUCCUGUGCAUGGCACCGCCAACAAUGACCAUGAAGGGAAUUUCACUAGCUCUGCGGGAGGGUUUGGGGGAGAAAGCGAAGAAGUGCCCCACGCGAGCUGUUCCAAAUUUCCUUAUGAAAAUACUGGGAAAAUUCGACCCGGCUAUUGCCCUGGUGGUACCUCGGUUGAGCCAGUCUCUUGCAGGAUCUAAUGAGAAAGCUAAGAGUUUGCUAGGCUGGAAGCCCCGGUCCAAUGUCGAGGCAGUGGUUGCUACAGGAGAAAGUCUCGUGAGACUGGGGCUUGUAGCGGAAUGA